CUGAGAAUAUCGACAAGAAACAGACCGGCUCUGAUGGCUUACAGUAUUCAAUCAUAUCUUGAAACUCUUCCUGCACUAUUUUGUUUCUUUUUUCUUUUCUGUUACUACUACAGUUUUUGCCGGCGGUGGAGAAAUAGCUCACUGCCCACAAACUGGCCAGUCAUCGGUAUGAUGCCAGGGCUUGUUCGGAACUCUCACAGGCUACAAGAUUAUGGAACAGAGGUUCUUAAAGAGAGUGGAGGCACCUUCGAGGCCAGCGGCCCUUGGUUUGCUAAUAUGCACAUGGUCCUCACCUGUGAUCCUGCCAACAUCCAUUACAUUCUCAGCAAAAACUUCUCAAACUACCCAAAGGGUCCCGAAUUCAGGAAAAUAUUUGAUAUUUUGGGAGAUGGGAUUUUCAAUGCUGAUUCCCAGUUAUGGGAAACUCACAGGAGAGUAACUUUGUCGCUUAUGCACCACCCCAGUUUCCUGAAACUAUUGGAAGUAACUGUUUGGGACAAAGUGGAAAAAGGGCUCCUCCCAGUUUUACAAAACUGUGCAAAAACAGGAUCCCAGCUUGACUUGCAAGACAUAUUCCAGAGGUUCGCUUUUGAUAGCAUAUCAAAAUUGGUACUCGACCAUGACCCAGGCAGCUUAUCCUUGGAUUUGCCAAACAUUCCAUGUGAGAAGGCUUUCAACGAUCUAGCGUUAGUCCUGUUACAUAGGCACAUAUUGCCGGAGCGCUACUGGAAGCUUCAGAAAUGGCUAGGAAUCGGUAAAGAGAAGAAGCUGAGCAAAGCUUGGGAUGCUUUUGAUCAAUUCAUUUACCCUCGCAUAUCACUGAAGCAAGAAAAACGGAGUAAAAUGUUUGACGAGGAACGCAGGUUUGUCGGACUAACCACUUUAAUGGAGGCUUACGAGGAGACAAACAAUAGUAUUCGCGAUGCAAAAGCGUUCAUGAGAGACAACAUUCUGAAUUUGAUGUUUGCUGGUAGAGACACCACCAGUACAGCUCUCACAUGGUUUUUCUGGCUGAUUGCAACAAAUCCUUGGGCUGAGGAGAAGAUUCUUGAAGAGAUAGCAAAUGAGUUGGACGUGGUGAAACAAGGUCAAGAUUCGAGGCUCUUCAAUGUCCAACAGUCCCAUAAACUCGUUUACCUCCAUGCUGCUCUCUGUGAAGCUCUCAGGCUAUAUCCGCCCGUGGCUUUAGAGCACAAAGCUCCAGUCCAGGCCGACAUUCUUCCAAGUGGUGUACGCGUCGAACCAAAUACCAAACUGAUUCUUUUCUUCUACUCCAUGGGGAGGAUGGAGUCCUUAUGGGGUGAAGAUUGCUUGGAGUUUAAGCCUGAAAGGUGGAUAUCGGAACGGGGGAGAAUCAGGCACGAACCUUCCUUCAAGUUCCCUGCGUUUAAUGCCGGACCAAGGACUUGUUUGGGCAAGGAGAUGGCUUUUGUUCAGAUGAAAAUGGUGGCAGCCUCCAUCAUCUACAAUUACCACGUCCAAGUGGUGGAUGGUCAUCCUAUUUCCCCUGGUGACUCCAUUAUUAUCCAAAUGAAACAGGGUUUAAUGGUGAGGCUCUUUCAAAGAAAUCGAUGAAUUUGUAGCCUUGAAAUCAUCACUCCCUAUAUGCUUGUGAAGAUCAUCAGGCGACGAAGAAUUGUAAUAUGUAUCCUUGGUACUGAUGUUUAAUCCUUCUAGUUGAAACUUUUGUUGUAAAAAAAAAAAUUGUCUCCCCUGUAUACUCUGUACUUAUUUGGAUGGUGAAUUUAAAGUACGUUUCGAACGAUUUUUCUUUUUUGUAAUGUUCAAUAAUACUCUACUGCUGUUA